AAGGCCUGGGCGGGGGCGGAGGGAAGUAGGGGCGCAGUCCGCGUGCGGAGACAGCCGACGCGCGCGACGCCGCCUCUUCCCGUGCUUUCCUCCACUAGCAUGGGGCGCAAGUUGGACCCUGCGAAGGAGAAGCGCGGGCCGGGCCGCAAGGCCCGGAAGCAGAAGGGCGCCGAGACCGAGCUGGUCAGAUUCCUGCCUGCAGCUGGUGAUGAGAAUUCCAAGAGACUGUCUAGCCGUGCUAGAAAGAGGGCAGCCAAGAGGAGGUUGGGGUCUGUUGAAGCCUCUAAGACAAAUAAGCCUCUGGGGACCAAACCAUCAGCUGGAAAGCUACCGAAAGAAGCAGUCCAGACACCUGGUGAGAAGGGAACACAUGCUUUAUUUAAUGCUGCUCGAGGCAGGAAGCGUCCAGCACCAGCCCACAGCAGUGAUGAGGAAGAAGAGGAGGAGGACUCUGAAGAGGAUGGCGCAGUGGAGCAGAGGAACUUGUGGGGCUCUGAGGACAGUGAUGCUGAUCUGGUAGAUGACUAUGGAGCUGACUCAGACUCAGAGGAGGGUGACGGGGAAAAGUUGCUGCCUAUUGAAAGAGCUGCUCGGAGGGAGAAGACUCGGGAAGCUGCUGCUGGGGCCCAGUGGAGUGAGGAGGAGACUGAUGAAGAGGAGGGCAUGUUCCCUGAGUCAGGCCCCCCAAAGGAUGAGGCAGAGGGGGGCCUGCAGAUCAAUGUGGAUGAGGAGUUUGUGCUGCCCCCUGCUGGGGAGAUGGAGCAGGAUGCCCAGGCUCCAGACCUGCAGCGAGUUCACAAGAGGAUCCAGGAUAUAGUAGGAGUACUGCGUGAUUUUGGGGCGCAACGGGAAGAAGGCCGAUCUCGUUCUGAGUAUCUGAACCGGCUUCAAAAUGAUCUGGCCACUUACUACUCCUAUGGUGACUUCCUGCUUAGGAAGCUCAUGGAGCUCUUCCCUGUGUCUGAGCUCAUAGAGUUCUUGGAAGCUAAUGAAGUCCCUCGGCCCAUUACCCUCAGGACCAAUACCUUGAAGACACGACGCCGAGACCUUGCUCAAGCACUGAUCAAUCGUGGGGUUAACCUGGAUCCCUUGGGCAAGUGGUCCAAGACUGGACUUGUGGUGUAUGAUUCUUCAGUGCCCAUUGGUGCCACUCCCGAGUACUUGGCCGGGCACUACAUGCUGCAGGGAGCCUCCAGCAUGCUGCCCGUCAUGGCCUUGGCGCCCCAGGAACACGAGCGGAUCCUGGACAUGUGUUGUGCACCUGGAGGGAAGACCAGCUACAUAGCCCAACUGAUGAAGAACACGGGUGUGAUCCUCGCCAAUGAUGCCAAUGCCGAGCGGCUCAAGAGUGUCGUGGGCAACCUGCACCGGCUGGGAGUCACCAACGCCAUAAUCAGCCAUUACGACGGGCGCCAGUUCCCCAAGGUGGUGGGUGGCUUUGACCGCGUCCUGUUGGAUGCUCCUUGUAGUGGCACUGGUGUCAUCUCCAAGGACCCUGCUGUGAAGACAAACAAGGAUGAAAAGGACGUCCUGCACUGCGCUCACCUGCAGAAGGAGCUGCUUCUGAGCGCUAUCGAUUCUGUCAACGCCACCUCCAAGACAGGCGGCUACCUCGUGUACUGCACCUGUUCCGUCAUGGUGGAAGAGAACGAGUGGGUGGUAGAUUAUGCCCUGAAAAAGAGGAAUGUGCGGCUGGUGCCCACUGGCCUGGACUUUGGCCAGGAAGGUUUUACCCGUUUUCGAGAAAGGCGCUUUCACCCCACUCUUCGUUCCACUCGGCGUUUCUACCCUCAUACCCACAACAUGGAUGGUUUCUUCAUUGCCAAGUUCAAGAAAUUCUCCAAUUCUGUCCCCCAAGCUGGAACAGGGAAUUCUGCCACAGGCACCCCUGCAGACCUAGAUUCACCAGACUUAAAGGUUCAGGUCACUUCCAAGUCUCAGAACAGCAGCCAGCCUGCCAAGAAAGCCAAAGUGGCCACGAAGGCCAAGCCACCAUUGCAGAAGUGCCAGCACCCCAAGAAGGCAUCCUUUCAGAAGUUCAGUGGAGUCUGCAAAGGGGCAGACUCAGAACUGUCCACUGUACCUCCUGUCACAAAGGUCCAAGCGUCCUCCAGGCUCCAGGACAGCAGUCAACUCCCUGGAAAAGCUGACGUGACCAGGGAACCAAAGGGGACUGGGGAGCUAAAGAAAUUGCCUUUCUCCGAGAAAGCUGCUUCACCCAGACAGUCUGCCUUGCCCAAGGGUGCGGACGAUGCCAGGCCUGCUGUUCCAUCCCUCUCUGAGACUCGCUCCACCCCUAGACUGGGGGACCUGGGGAAGGCCAAAGGGGCUGGCAGGGUAAAAGGGCAGCUUGCAGAAGAGCCUGGGAAGAAAGCCAAAUCCCAGCGCCGGUGUGGCAGGCCACCCCCAGCAAAGAAGAGAAAGGCUGCCCCCGGGGUCGCCAGCCAGCUGCUGCCGCCUUAGGCGGCUCUCUGUCCUUGGGAUUCUUCCCACUCCUUCCACCCCUGCUGUGCAUACACGAGAUUUAAUACCUUGUC